UGACCUACACCGAGCAGAAACAGCUCACACGGCAAAACUUCAAAAUUUAAACUAACUAGAUUCGGAAUUUUCGUUAUUUGUUUUUCUUUGAUCGUAACCUUGAUUUUAUUAGACGACGACGACGACGUUUUGUGAUAAAACGUUCGAGGCGGGCGUUGCCAGAUGCCGGUCGUUGACUGUGUUCGUUUACCAACACUGCCAGCUGCGUUUGUUUUUAUUUUGAGCAAACAAUUUUUUUUUGGUGGUCUAAAUUUGAAGUGAAGUAAAUGUUUUAAUUGGGCGAAAUAAAUAGCCAUGCAAGUGGAGCACUGGGGCGCACUGCCCACGGAGGACGAUGGUGUCCAACUGACGCCGGACAAAUAUGUGCCCACGGCAGCCAAGAAACCAAAACUGGACGAGAUUCGGGAACCGCAGCCGUACGAAAAAAACCACAAGUUGGAACUAAAGAGCGCCUUGGUCACCCAGACCAUCGAGGUGAUGAAGCAAACCGAGGUCCUGCAAUCCCUCAUCGAAACGUACUCCAACAAAAAUGGAAGUUCGAAUUACCUGCUAAAUCCCUGCCUUAUGAUACCGGAGGUGGACUUUCCGCCGGAAAACGCCGCCGAGCUGGUGGGCAGCCAGAAGUUCCAGAAGCCCAUCUGGUUCACGCCCACGGUGGACACGGCCUACUCCCGCGGGGAUCCGCAGUCGUAUCCGGAGAUCUCGAGCAGCACCUGUCGCCAGGCGGUGCGCAAAGUGAUGUGCGGCAUGCUGCGCCUGACCGGCUUCACCGACUGCUCCGAGUCGGCGGUGCAGCUGCUGACGGACGCCACCGAGGAGUUCCUGCGCAGCUUCAUCGGCGAGUAUCGUGGCUACUACGAUGCACAGUCCCGACUGCAGAAGUCCACGGUACUGCAGCUGGCGCCGUUGGAACGGGCCCAUGCUGCGCUGACGGGCACCUCGCUCACCCAGGUGCACAACUACUACAAGCACAAGGUGCUGGCCAGGAACCGCGUGGAGAUCGGGGAGUUCAACAGCGUGCUGCAGGAGUACGACAAGCUGAUGAAGGAGAGCCAGAGCAGCAUGCAGAAGCAGCAGAGCAACGAGUUCAACGGCCACGACUUCCUCAACAUCCUGGACAACAGUGCGACGGGCAGCAGCCAGAGCAUCGGUGGCAACAUGGCCAUGGGCGACAUGCUGCAGGAUCUGGGCGGCAGCACGGGCUCCAGUGGCACGGUCAGCUCCCAGCAGAUGCUGUACGGUCUGCUCGAUGGCCAGAUAUCGUCCAACACCUCCAACAUGACGGGCACAAGCGGCAAUGGCAGCACGAGUGGCAAUGGCAACGGGGUCACGGUCACCAACUUUCAUGCCACCUUCGAGUCGUAAUAAAGCCACAGAAUCCUCAACUUUUAAAACUAAA